UGACGAAGGACGGAAGGACAGAACAUCAUAUGAUUUAACAAUGGCCACGCUCCCCCAUAGGCCAUAGUUGUCCCAAAAGACCUGACACUUUUUGGGCAUUGUACGUACAAAUGUACAAUAAAACCCUGCAGGAAGUUGAAAAAGGAAGAAGAACUCGCAGUAACCGCAUCAUUACUCUCUCUUUGAGCUGGAAGUGAAGGCAAAUUAGCAAUGCCGGAGCUAGGGUUUCAGGAUCACCGGUCCGGCUUCAGACCGCGGGACGUCAGUCCGGAUUCUGUUAUCUUCACAGCCGACUCCAGCUUCAGUCUCUUCUCCUCCGCUUCCGGCAGCGCGGAACGCUGCUCCUUCGCCUCCGACGACUCCUGCUUCCACAAUCCUCCUCAAUCGCAUUUGACAGCACAUGAAAUCCGUGAGGCUUCAUGUGAUCCAGCUCCAGAUCCAAACAAACCAGUUGUAUCCAAGAAUAAUCACUUUGGCAAAAAAGGAAAAGUGAAAGUUCAAAAAGCAGACAGCAAGGAAGCUGAUACAGAGGAUGAAUAUCUGGCUUUUGGUUCUUCAAGAAGAUCCUUCUCUCAAGCUCUUAAAGAAUGCCAAGAAAGCAGGUAUAGAUCUGAAGCUGUAUUGAACAAAUCAGAUAGGCAAAGCCUGGCUUCAUUAGAUCUGAAAAACUCUGUGAUCAAUGCCACAAUUUCAUCUUCACCGCGAUUUGGAGUCAUGAAGAAAGAAUCUAUCACUGGCCAUUCUGGUGCAUUUCCGAGCCCUGGAACUCCAAAUUACCGCCAUUCCAGUGCAGGGAUUCAGAAAGGCUGGACUUCAGAGCGUGUGUCGUCACAUACAAGUGCAAAUAGGAGUAAAUGCAAUACUUUGUUGCUGCCUUUUAAUAAUGGAAGGAACUUACCUUCGAAAUGGGAAGAUGCAGAGAGAUGGAUCUUUAGUCCAGUAUCAGGAGAUGGUGCAACGAAGACUUCAUUGCAGCAGCCACAGAAGCAGCGCAAAUCCAAGAGUGGGCCACUUGGCCCCCCCGGGGCUGCAUACUACUCGUUAUAUUCUCCAGCAGUGCCUGUCUCUAGAGGAAAAAGUAUAGCAAAUUCUCCUUUUUCUACAAGGGUGAUGAAAACCGAUGGUUUAUCAAUUCAUGAUGGAGGCCAUGAUGCCAAUGGAAACUAUGUUGCAUGCUCAGAGCCAUGCAUGGCAAGGUCUAUUAGCAUCCAUGGAUGUUCUGAACUUCUGAGCUUAUCCUCAAUGAUUGCUCCCCAAGAUGAUGAGAGCAGAAGUGACAAAGAUGCAGCUGCCAAUGUAUCUCGUGUUGUUUCAAGGCGGGAUAUGGCAACUCAAAUGAGCCCUGAGGCUAGUCCCCACUCAUCUCCAAGGAGACGCUCAUCAUUCUCUUCUUCGACGCCCUCUAUUGUACCAUUUGUGGAAGUGCAGAGUUUCCAUCCCUCUAGAGCAGAAGUCAAGGAUGUGGCGGUUGAUGAACGGGUCACCAUGACAAGGUGGUCAAAGAAACAUAGGGCUCGAAUCCCUGGGAGCAGCCUGGAAAAUAUUGAUAACUGGAAAACUCAAGCCACGGAGAUGCAUUCUGCUGGCCGGGAAAUUUCAGAAACAAAAUCUGCUUCCAAGAUCAAGAGGGAAGAAGCCAGAAUAACUGCUUGGGAGAACUUGCAAAAGGCAAAAGCUGAGGCAGCAAUCCGAAAACUUGAGAUGAAACUCGAGAAAAAGAGAUCAUCAUCCAUGACUAAGAUUAUGAACAAAUUAAGAACUUCCCAGAAAAAAGCGGAAGAGAUGAGAAGCUCAAUGGUAACUACCCAGGGUCAUGAAGUUACAAGAGCCUCCUCCCGCAAAGCCUUAUCCUUCCGCCCAACACGCAGAAUGGGCUCCUUGAGUGGCUGUUUUACAUGCCCUGCAUUUUAGUCACAUGAAGGUACCCUUCAUUCUGUCAUGUGGAGGUUCAGUUGUCAGGUUAAUGGUAUUUAUGGACAGUGUACAUACGGCUGGGAUCCACUUCGACACUCGAAGCGUUAUACAGUUUCGUAUCUGCUUCAUCCAUCGCUGUAUUCAAAGGUACAUGGUAUUUUGUAACAUUCUGCAAGCCGUCAAAAAUUGAAUCUGUAUGUAAUUGAAUCGAUGAAUAGUGUUGUAUCAUGUGUAUUAUUGCUCCUUGACUUUAGUUUGUGAAAAUUAAAAUGUGUAUGUUGUUUCAUAAACAUGAUGCUUCUAUAUCAAAAUUUUGUAGCUUAAUGUCUCAA